ACUGAGUUCAGCCGGGUUACCUGUUCCUGCGCUUGUAACAGACCCAGCCUCACCUGAGGUAAUUCAGCGCUCAGAUGUAACUACACACAUGCAGCGCGGGAGCCGAAUUGUACGCAUCCAUUGUUGUACCUGCAGCAGCCUAAAAAUAUAUGAAUGGCUGAUUGAAAACUGGGAAAUGUUGACACAGACUUGUCGGUCGGUGCCCGGGUAUUGAACAAGUACCCACGUAGACUGGGUGGAGGGAUGACGAGUGGUUGCGGUUGUGCCAGUCUGCACGGUAGUCUCGCAAGGGUCCAAGGACUUUCCAGCACCCGGUACUAAACUGGCCCUGUGAUGACUUGCAUACGCACAGCAUGCCUGUCAUGAAUAAGGUUAAGGUGAAGUUGACGUUGAAAUCCCUGUGACUCGGACUGUACGCGAAGCCGGAGAGACAGCGAUGGAGCAGCGUGCACGCAGACUGUAUCGGCAGGAGCACUCGGGGAUUGCCUCGGCAUGUGCACUAGCUCUCUGGACCUGUGCUUAUUUUAUGGUACACGUAUCGGCCGACACUACUGCUGUAGCCCUGAAUACCAUCACUUUAUCAUCAAACACAAACGAGUCGACACAUCAAGGAACACUGAAACCCGAAAUGGCAAACUCCGUGACCGGCAAUCUUUCUGUGACGAGCCCAGCACAAAAUGACUCUGAUCCAGAGAGUACUACCCCCCAAAACUUGGGGCUAACAGAAGGUUUAUCAUCAAACACGACUCCACCAAAACCUACGACUGGUUCACCAACAACUAGGUUACCGGUGACACAAAACCUUCCAACGACCGUCGAAAGACUGACAACAACUGUUGAGCUUACGAGAACAGCCUCCACUCCUCCAAACACUACGAAUUCGACCACCUCAAAAACUGUGACACCUGCCGGAUAUGUUGUCCACAAUAUCACCGGGGCACCUGCUCGCACAUCACAAACGGCUCACAAUACCACCAUGGAGCAAGGGAACCAGACUAUACAGCCCGGAACUACUUCCGGGUCAGUUAAGCUGCUGACUUCGCCGCCACAAAAUAUGACGUCCACCCUGUAUGAAGCAAGUGAAAUUGUCGCCACCGAAACGGCAGUUGCAAAUAUUACGGACGGGGAAGAAAUGACCGUGUAUGUAACGUUAAAUGUAACCACGGUAAUAGGCGGCGGUCCUGGUCUGGAUCCGGAUCACGAGAGAGAUGAACUCAAGAAACUUCUUCUCAUCAUCGGUGGUUCUAUCGGCGUGGCCUUGGUGGCUAUCUUCAUCAUCUUCGUCAUUGUGUAUCGAGUAGCCAAAAAGAGAAAACAGAAGGCAAACAGUCGAUACUACAACUUCAAGAAGAAGAAGAAGUCUAACUACGAGAAAGUUCUGCAUCUUCAGGAAUAUUACGGGGAGUUGGACACCGAAAAUUCCCCAGUUGGUACUGGUGCUGGUUGGGUGUUCCAAGAGAACGAUCCCGACGCUAAUAAGACGAUCACGCUGGAACUCGGCCCCAAAGAGAAGGAGAAACCGGCCAGCCGCUCUGGUAAGAGAUCCCAAAACCGGAACAAAAACAAGAACAACCGGAACAAGAGCGCGGUCGGCCGGGGAAACUACCAGGUCCUUGCCGAGAUGUUCCCCACGCGUGGCGUCCCGCCCGACGUCCUGCUGACGGCAGAUGGUACAGUGCAUAGCAACAGCGAGGACGAGGAGGGCACCAUCAUGGAUACAAGUUUCGGCCCGGUGAUGAUGGAGCCUGAGGACCAAUCAGACGGCUUGGCUGUUACUGAUAGGCUAUCGCCAAAGGACUCCUUUAACAGCGGCGGGAGGACCUCCUGGCCAGCGUGGAAUAAUAGACCGUAUGUAACGAUCCGACCUGAGGAGGAAACUGUGGUUGAACUGUAACCAUUGACCUGUUUCGCCUAUUGCAUAAUCCCGAAUGACGUAAGAGCUAUUUUUAACAUUGCUAAGGUAGUAAAUUUAUUUCCUUACUGCUUGCCUGGUUUGCUCAGAUCUAGUUUUUACAUCAAAAUACCAACCUCGUUUUCUCGAGGUGCCGUGAAUGGGUUUUAAAAGCUUAUUGUGACAUUCUAAAGGGGGAUUUCAAUAAUUUCUAAAUCCGUCUUCGACAUAUCUGUAGAGUGGGCUAUCAAUAAUUCCGCACACAUGAUAUAGUUUAGGUGGCCUACGCGUUGAACAUUCAGCAAAGUACUGAAGAAAAACGAGUGGAACUGACAUUGAUAUGCAUCCUAGAUUGUUUAUAGCCCCGGCGUCCCGGCUCUUGGAGCCCACUAAUGCGCUAACAAAUGCCUAGAUGCAAGUUUUGUGGGCGGACUGUCAAAGAUAAGUUCAGAGCUUGCAGCACGAGAAUUUAAGACAAAAGAGGAGUUAUCCUUUCGAAAACUUCCACAGAAAUUUCUGUAAGCUUCAACUAGAUCUUUCGUUUAUUUGUAUAUAUAUUUUUUUUUUCAUUAUUUUCAAAUUUGUAUGGAAACCUGAAUUACAACAACAUGCACGCGUGCGUGUACCUUUCAGACGUAGCGCCACUUUGACCCUGUAAACACACUGUAAAGUGCAAUAAUCAAAUUAAGGAGCACAAACCUACUCAUUAAAGAGGUCUGUGGUUUUCAAGGGUAAUCCCGGGUUAGCCACAAAUAGCGUUUGGCACGCGUCUUACGGUUUUGUUUAUGAGAUUCGAGCUGGACCAAUAGAGGGCGCAAUUUUCUUAGCAAUGGACCGAGGCUCGUUUGGUCGGAACUGAACUUUGCUGAUUCACAAACGACUAUUUCACGCACGCCUUACGGUCCCAUCGCUGCCAAAAUAACUAAAUAAAAAUACUGAUUAAUGUGGCUCUUUUCAUCUGAUGGGGGUGCCUCUGCUUGAGAAGGAUAAUUGCCUAAACUUUUAAUCUUUAAACCUCAAAAUUUAUAAAUUUUGCAAGCAUUUGCAAAAGAUCAACUUCAGGCGAAUAAAUCCAUCUUUGAAAUAACUUUGAGCGACUUGUAUAUAUUUGCUGAAAAGAAAGGUUUCCGUGCUUAUGAAUUUGAGGCUCCUUUAAAUAAAGAAAUCAUCGCCAAGUCCAUAAACUUUUAAAGAUGUUGCUACUAGACGUGCAUGUUUGAGUUAGUCAUGUGGAUAUUAUUAACUUUUGUUUUAACAGGGUGAAAUAUGAGUUUCGAUGAAUUAAUGGGACCAUGCAAUAUAAUUUUUUCAUUGCAACCUUCGAAAUUUUCAAGUUUUGUUUUUCAAUUGAAUCUGUGUUUUGGAACCUUUUUCGUUUUCAUGCAGCUGCCAAUUUGCAUAUUCAUAAGCAAAUCUGUGAUGUCAUCCUAGGCACUGAAGUGCAGUGAAUUGUGCACAAUAACUGCUGAAUUUCGUUGUACUUUUCUGUAGUAUUCUUGGCAGUAGAUAUAUGGCAAUAAGCGAGCAACCUCUUCCCAGCAAUAUUUUCAAAAAGAAAAAUUUUGGGAUUAAAACAUGAACAUGAAAACUGCAGUUUUUACCUAAUUUAUAUCACAGCAACAUUGCCCUCACUUGUCCAGAUUCCGGAAAAGCUUGGAUACUUUUCAAUAAAGUUAAAUCCAAAAGGAUUCAUACAUUAAGGAAGAGUAUAAAAUGCAUGCAAAUUUUGUCCUAGAAAAUGAAUUGCAUGGAUCCUUUAAUAAAUGGCUAAGCCUUAUUCUAAUCAAGAGAAUCUAAA